AUGCCGGUGUGGGAUCUCCCCAUGCCGGUGUGGGAUCUCCCCAUGCCGGUGUGGGAUCUCCCCAUGCCGGUGUGGGAUCUCCCCAUGCCGGUGUGGGAUCUCCCCAUGCCGGUGUGGGAUCUCCCCAUGCCGGUGUGGGAUCUCCCCAUGCCGGUGUGGGAUCUCCCCAUGCCGGUGUGGGAUCUCCCCAUGCCGGUGUGGGAUCUCCCCAUGCCGGUGUGGGAUCUCCCCAUGCCGGUGUGGGAUCUCCCCAUGCCGGUGUGGGAUCUCCCCAUGCCGGUGUGGGAUCUCCCCAUGCCGGUGUGGGAUCUCCCCAUGCCGGUGUGGGAUCUCCCCAUGCCGGUGUGGGAUCUCCCCAUGCCGGUGUGGGAUCUCCCCAUGCCGGUGUGGGAUCUCCCCAUGCCGGUGUGGGAUCUCCCCAUGCCUGUGUGGGAUCUCCCCAUGCCGGUGUGGGAUCUCCCCAUGCCGGUGUGGGAUCUCCCCAUGCCGGUGUGGGAUCUCCCCAUGCCGGUGUGGGAUCUCCCCAUGCCGGUGUGGGAUCUCCCCAUGCCGGUGUGGGAUCUCCCCAUGCCGGCCGCCCCCCGUCCACGUGGUACCUCCUCUGCCCCCACUCGUGCUCCGCCAAUCGUGGGGAGGGGAGGAGUUGAGGGGAAGGGAGGAGUUGUGGGGAAGGGAGGAGUUGUGGCGAAGGGAGGAGUUGUGGGGAAGGGAGGGGCGAGUAGCAGCAAGGGGAAAGGGGGAGUUGUGGUUGUGGGGACAGGGAAAAAGGAGACCGGGAGAGGGGAGAGUGAAAAGGGGGAGAUAGGAAAAGGGGAUGGGGAGAAGAGGAAACAGGGAGGCGGAAUGAGAGGGGCUGGCAAGAAAAGGAGGAGCGUUGUUGAAAGGAACCUUCCCAGAAAGAGGUGCAGGGUUGCGGCUAACUGGGUGCCCUGUGCUGUGGGGACCAUGCCGUCCCUAGCUGCCAGCUUCGACGUUCUUCCGAACCUGGAGCCGCCGUUUGAGGCUGCAAGGAGGUUCGGCGCAGGCCCGGCCUGGGCGUUUGGUCAGGAUGGAGGUUCGGGUGGGCCAGGUCCGGGCGAGAGAGAGGGUGAGGGGCAGCAGAGUGGUGAAAGGGGAGGGGGAGAAGGGAAGGGUGGGGUGGUUGGGGAAGACAGGGCGAUUCACAGGGAAAUAGAUGGGGGGAUUGAUGGGGAGAUUGAUGGGGUCAGAGGGGAAGAGGAGGAUGCAGAGAUACAGGAGAACGGAGGAGAGGUGAGAUCUAGUGGUGCUUUUGGUAGUGGUGCUGGUGGUGGGGUUGAGGUCGGUAUGGCAGCACAGUUGGAAAAUGCUGCAAGCAAAGGACUGUUGGGAGAAGCAGCAACGCUGACAGGUGCAAGGAUAGCGGGCGCAGCAGUGCAGACAGGUGCACGAGUGGAGGCAGAGGCAGAUGAGGUGGGAGCUGCUGGGGCAAGUGGUGGCCCUGUUGCUGCUUCAGAAUACGAUUGGGGAGCUUUGAAACAUUCAAUUGCCCUGAUCUGA